AGCGGCGCCCUCCGUCCGUCCCUCCGUCAGGGCCGGCCUGUCCCGGGCCCGCAGGCCGGGCCGACAUGGGCCGCCUCGGGAACACGCAGCCCAAGACGCCCACACCGACACCCACACCGACAGCGGCACCAGCCGGCAGGGACCCCCGGGGCUGAGGGGAGGAACCACCGACCGACAGACCGACCGACCGACCGACCGACCAUGGAGCCCGACGCCGCCCAGGCCCCGGCCCCGGCCCCGGGCCCGGCCCCGCCGCCGGGCCUCGCCGGGGGAGGCGACGACGACGAGCCCGCCCCCGGUGCCAGCGGUGCCAGCGGUGCCAGCGGUGCCAGCGCCGACCUGGCCGACUGGAACCUGCCCCUGGCCUUCAUGAAGAAGCGACACUGCGAGAAGAUCGAGGGCUCCAAGUCCCUGGCCCAGAGCUGGAGGAUGAAGGACCGGAUGAAGACGGUGAGCGUGGCCCUGGUUUUGUGCCUGAACGUGGGCGUGGACCCCCCGGACGUGGUGAAGACGACGCCCUGUGCCCGGCUAGAGUGCUGGAUCGAUCCUCUGUCAAUGGGUCCUCAGAAAGCCCUGGAAACCAUCGGGGCAAAUUUGCAGAAACAGUAUGAAAACUGGCAGCCACGGGCCCGGUAUAAGCAGAGCCUCGAUCCCACCGUGGAUGAAGUGAAGAAGCUGUGCACGUCCCUCCGCCGCAACGCCAAGGAGGAGCGGGUCCUCUUCCACUACAACGGGCACGGGGUGCCCCGACCCACCGUCAACGGCGAAAUCUGGGUCUUCAACAAGAAUUACACGCAGUACAUCCCCCUGUCCAUCUACGACCUGCAGACCUGGAUGGGCAGCCCGUCCAUCUUCGUCUACGACUGCUCCAACGCCGGCCUCAUCGUCAAGUCGUUCAAGCAGUUCGCGCUGCAGAGGGAGCAGGAGCUCGAGGUCGCUGCCAUCAACCCCAACCACCCCCUGGCCCAGAUGCCCCUGCCUCCGUCGAUGAAGAACUGCAUUCAGCUGGCAGCCUGCGAGGCCAACGAGCUGCUGCCCAUGAUCCCCGACCUCCCAGCUGACCUCUUCACCUCCUGCCUCACGACGCCUAUCAAGAUCGCCCUGAGAUGGUUUUGCAUGCAGAAGUGUGUCAGCCUGGUCCCUGGAGUGACUCUGGAUUUAAUAGAAAAGAUUCCUGGGCGGCUGAAUGACAGGCGGACACCUCUGGGAGAGCUGAACUGGAUCUUUACCGCCAUCACAGACACCAUCGCCUGGAAUGUGCUACCCCGAGACCUCUUCCAAAAGCUCUUCAGGCAGGACCUGCUGGUGGCUAGCCUUUUCCGGAACUUCCUCUUGGCAGAGCGGAUCAUGAGGUCGUACAACUGCACGCCCGUCAGCAGCCCGCGCCUGCCUCCCACUUACAUGCACGCCAUGUGGCAAGCCUGGGACCUGGCCGUCGAUAUUUGUCUCUCCCAGCUCCCCACCAUUAUCGAGGAAGGAACCGCGUUUAGGCACAGCCCGUUCUUCGCCGAGCAGUUGACGGCUUUCCAGGUGUGGCUCACGAUGGGCGUGGAGAACCGGAACCCGCCCGAACAGCUCCCCAUUGUGCUGCAGGUUCUUCUAAGCCAAGUGCAUCGACUGCGAGCCCUCGACCUCCUGGGGAGGUUUUUAGACUUGGGUCCCUGGGCAGUGAGCCUGGCCCUGUCGGUUGGGAUUUUCCCGUACGUGCUGAAACUGCUGCAGAGCUCGGCUCGAGAGCUCAGGCCCCUGCUGGUCUUCAUCUGGGCCAAAAUCCUCGCCGUGGACAGCUCAUGCCAAGCCGAUCUGGUGAAGGACAACGGCCACAAAUAUUUCCUCUCGGUCUUGGCCGAUCCGUAUAUGCCGGCUGAACACAGGACCAUGACGGCCUUCAUCCUGGCUGUGAUCGUCAACAGCUACAAUACUGGACAGGAGGCCUGCCUUCAGGGGAACCUGAUCGCGAUCUGCCUGGAGCAGCUGAACGACCUGCACCCGCUUCUGCGCCAGUGGGUGGCCAUCUGCCUCGGCCGCAUCUGGCACAACUUCGACUCGGCCCGCUGGUGCGGGGUGCGGGACAGCGCCCACGAGAAGCUCUACAGCCUCCUCUCCGACCCCAUCCCCGAGGUCCGCUGCUCGGCCGUCUUCGCCCUGGGCACCUUCGUGGGCAACUCCGCCGAGAGGACGGACCACUCGACCACCAUCGACCACAACGUGGCCAUGAUGCUGGCGCAGCUCAUCAACGACGGGAGCCCCGUGGUCAGGAAGGAACUGGUGGUGGCCCUGAGUCAUUUCGUGGUCCAGUACGAGAGCAAUUUCUGCACCGUGGCUCUGCAGUUCAUGGAAGAAGAAAAGAACUACCCCCUGCCUUCGCCGGCCACCGCAGAGGGCGGGAGCCUGACCCCGGUGCGCGACGGGCCGUGCACGCCCAGGCUGCGCUCCGUCAGCUCCUACGGGAACAUCCGCGCCGUCGCCUCGGCCCGCAGCCUCAACAAGUCGCUGCAGAACCUCAGCCUGACCGAGGAAGCCGGGAGCUGUGUGGCUUUCUCCCCAGGGAACGUGAGCACCAGCAGCAGUGCCAGCAGCACGUUGGGCAGCCCCGACAACGAAGAGUACAUCCUGUCCUUCGAGACCAUCGACAAGAUGAGGCGCGUCAGCUCCUAUUCCUCCCUCAACUCCCUCAUAGGGGUGUCUUUCAACAGUGUUUACACCCAAAUCUGGAGAGUCCUCCUCCACCUGGCCGCCGACCCCUAUCCCGACGUCUCUGAUUUGGCCAUGAAAGUGCUCAACAGCAUCGCCUACAAGGCCACAGUAAAUACCCGACCCCAACGCAUUCUGGACACGUCACCUCUCACCCAGUCCGCCCCAGCCAGCCCUACCAACAAGGGCUUACACAUUCACCAAGUAGGAGGGUCCCCUCCCACGCCCAGCACGAGCAGCUCCAGCCUCACCAACGACAUGACCAAACAGCCCAUCGCUCGGGACAUCGCUUCAGGCCGACCAGCCAACGUGGGCAGCAUCGGGGUGCAGUACACCCCCCACUCCCACCAGUUCCCCCGGACCCGGAAAAUGUUUGACAAGGGCCCGGACCAGACCACGGACGACCCCGACGACGCCGUGGGACACAAGAGUUUCAUCUCGGCCACGAUGCAGACGGGCUUCUGUGACUGGAGCGCCAAGUAUUUCGCCCAGCCCGUCAUGAAGAUUCCGGAAGAGCACGAUUUGGAGAGCCAGAUCCGCAAGGAGAGGGAGUGGCGCUUUCUCCGGAACACGCGGGUGAGGAAGCAGGCGCAGCAGAUCAUCCAGAAGGGGAUCACAAGGCUUGACGAUCAGAUCUUUCUGAACAGGAAUCCCGGGGUGCCCUCCGUGGUCAAAUUCCACCCUUUCACCCCAUGCAUAGCCGUGGCCGAUAAAGACAGCAUCUGUUUUUGGGACUGGGAAAAGGGAGAGAAGCUGGAUUAUUUCCACAACGGAAACCCCCGCUACACGAGAGUCACGGCCAUGGAGUACCUGAACGGCCAGGACUGCUCGCUCCUGCUGACCGCCACAGACGACGGGGCCAUCCGGGUGUGGAAGAACUUCGCCGACCUGGAGAAGAACCCGGAAAUGGUGACGGCCUGGCAGGGAUUGUCCGACAUGCUGCCCACGACCCGAGGUCUGGCCCGAAAGGUCUCAAUCUAUCUUGACCGAAGUAAGCAGGGAGGAGCGGGCAUGGUGGUGGACUGGGAACAGGAGACCGGGCUCCUCAUGACCUCGGGAGACGUUCGGAUCAUCCGCAUCUGGGACACGGAUCGGGAGAUGAAAGUGCAGGACAUCCCCACGGGAGCCGACAGCUGCGUGACCAGCCUGUCCUGUGACUCCCACCGCUCCCUCAUCGUGGCCGGGCUGGGCGACGGUUCCAUCAGAGUCUACGACCGGAGGAUGGCCCUCAGCGAAUGCCGAGUGAUGACGUACCGGGAGCACACGGCCUGGGUGGUGAAAGCCUACCUGCAGAAGCAGCCGGAGGGGCACAUCAUGAGCGUCAGCGUGAACGGAGACGUGCGUUUCUUCGACCCCCGGAUGCCCGAGUCGGUGAACGUCCUGCAGAUUGUGAAGGGGCUGACGGCCCUGGACAUCCACCCCCAGGCCAACCUCUUUGCGUGCGGCUCGAUGAAUCAGUUCACCGCCAUCUACAACAGCAACGGGGAGCUCGUCAACAACAUCAAAUACUACGACGGCUUCAUGGGUCAGAGAGUGGGCGCCAUCAGCUGCCUGGCAUUUCACCCUCAUUGGCCUCACUUGGCGGUCGGAAGCAACGACUUCUACAUCUCCGUGUACUCGGUGGAGAAGCGAAUCAGAUAACAGGACCCUGCCUCUCUCCCCCCGACCCCCGACCCCCGAGCCCACCCCCGUCCCAGGGACCGGCGGACUAUCGCCUGCCCGCCGUUGUACAUAGAGAAACUAUCGACUUGAAUGUUUAGUGUUGGCUGCCGUCGCGACCUAUAACUUGAAUUAUUUUUCCCUUCUCUCUUCCGACUUAGCUACUGAUGAUUUAAGGAGAAGACAGUUUGUCCGCUUUCUGUUGUUUCCGCUAGAAGGUUCAGGAAAGGAAGGGGGCUUUUGCGUUCUUUUUAUUUUGGACAGUCGUUUCAGGGCGCAAGGGACUUGAAAAAAAGAUGCCGCGUUCAGGGGGCGGCGGUGGAGAGGGGGUGAUGGGAUUGGUUAGGGGGAUGUUGCUUUGGUUUUGGUUUUUGGAAGCACAGGAGUUUGGUUUGUUUUCCGUCUGGCCGGAACGCGGGAAAGAGGCGAAGCUGCGGGACCCGGGUCCGGAUUCUCCCGGGAUGCAUCGGGGCCCCAUCUGGCCGUUGACCGGCCUAGCGAGGAGGGGCCGGGCUCGUCUCCCCGGUCUCCGGCGGAAAGCUGGGCACCGACCGGUUGACCGGAAAAGGAAGCUGGGGUUUCUUCCGAGACCUCUGGGAAUAAGACGCAACUCCCUCUUCCCUCCCCGCAGUCACCCUGCUGGGCGAGACCCUCUCUGGGACUUUGGGCUUGUCGGGAAGCGAGCGUGCGUGUGUAUAUAUCGGUGAGUCGCGGGGCACGGGGAGGAGGAGGAGGAGACACCUUUCUCCCUCCUCACCCCCUCAACUGGCGCUCAGUGCUCCCUGUAAAACGCUGGACAGGCCAGAUUGCAGCCGCCCAGCCCGAGCUGACCGGUAAAACCGGACACUCCCCCGGCAAGGGUGGCCAUUUGUCCGGCCGGGAGACGAUCGCCACUUCCCGGCCCUCUGCCCCCGGCGAAAACGAGGGCCGACCGUGGUGCCGAAGAAGGGAGCACCAAGGCGUGUCGUCGGACUGAUCGCGGGUCCCGAUCUACGUCCGGACAGACGGACGUUUUCCCUUCAGCUACCAGAGAGAUGUUUCGGGCCUGAUGCCACAAACCCAGCUGCGAAGAAAGGCCGGCCUCACCACGGGGACGAUGUUUUUAAGCCACGUUUCCAUUCUUUCCUCCCCCUGGGGGGUGAAGACCGUUCCUGGGGCGGCAGGGUGGCCCAAUGGCGGGGCGAACUGUCGUGGCAACCGAGGCAGCCCUGCCUCGCGGAGGGGCCGCUCCCGGGAGGCCAUCCGGAGGUGCGAUCCAAAGGACCGGACCGCUGGAACCAGGGAGGGUCCGAGCGGAGCGAUGCGGGGACCCCCGCCCCGGGGGGCCGGGCCAGGGUCGAUGCAGCUUCCGAUCCGCCCACGACUGACGGACCGCGGGAAAACAGGAGACGGUUUUUUAUCCUGCCGUCCGCCCCCGAGCUCAGACCACCGCCUGGCACCACGCAAAUGGUGCCCGAAGAGGAGGAAAUGAGAACUUUGCUUCUCCCACGCUCCCCCUCACCCCAGUUCCCCUGCACUCUGGUCCAGCCGGGCGCCCAUUUUUUAAGUAGCUCUGCGGGUUCGCUUUUGACUUAGUCCGUUUGCGUGCGCGUGGGGCCGAGUUCUCACGAGGUUUGAUGCGGAAAUCCAAUCAUGAAGUUAACCAAGGCUCGAGGGAGCACCUAACUAAAGGUUCUCACUUAUCUCUAUUUAUUUUACAAAAACGAAAACGAGACAAAAAAAAAAAUACACACACACACACACACACACAAAAAGAAAACCAAACGGACUCUGGAGAAGCAAACAUGAAAUUGUAAUGUGAGAGUCAAGAGUAAUUCCAGACAAUAAACUUAAAUAAAAAAGAAAUGUCCGGAA